CUGAUUUUCUGAUAAGCAAAACAAAAGAUAGUGAGAUUAAUCACGAUAAAACAAAUAAAAUUAAAAUAAUAAAAUAAUGGGUCUAAUUUUAAUCUAUUCUCUUUUAAAAUAAACAUGGAAGUAGUAACUUUUAAUUGGAAAUUUACGGAAUUUCUAAAUAAAAAAGAUCAUUUUAAAGGUUCACCAUAUAUUCUAAUCAUAUUAAAUCAACCAAUUCAAUAUUCAAAUGAUAUAUUUCAUACACUAUGGGAAAAUGCUUAUUUAAGAAUCUGUGCAGAUGGUGGUGCAAAUCAUUUGUACGAUGAAUUUAAAGGAAUAUAUAUUCCUCAUUAUAUUAGAGGGGAUUUAGACUCAUUAAGAGAUGAUGUUCGACAUUUUUUUCAUUCUCAAGGAACAGUCAUUCAACUUGAAUCCGGACAAGAAUCUACAGAUUUCAUGAAAUGUAUUGAUCUUAUUAGCAUCAAAGAAGAAGAAGAAGAAAAGUCUUCAAAGUAUGAUGUAUUGGCAAUAGGAGCAUCUGGAGGUAGAUUUGAUCAUAUAAUGUCAAAUAUUCAUUAUCUAUAUAAACUUAAAGAUGAAAGGAAAAUUUAUCUCUUGUCUGAAAAAAACUUGAUUUUUUUGCUUGAUAAAGGAAAACAUAAUAUAUUAUGUGAUAGAGAAAUAGAAGGUCCAACGUGUGGAAUUUUACCAAUCGGUGUUCAAAGAGCCAUUUUAACAACGACCGGUUUAAAAUGGAAUAUAACAAAUGUUACAUCAUCUUUUGGAGUUAUGAUUAGCACUUCAAAUAUUUUGAUCAAUGAUGUUAUAACAAUUGAAACUGAUGUUCCAGUUAUUUGGACUGUAGAAUUACAAUUUAAAUAAAUUUAACGUU